UUUUGUUUUUUUUACUGCCUGUCGUAAAGCAGCUUGUCCAAAACUGACGGAAAAGGAUUUUCUGAAAAAGGACAGCUUUCGUGUUGGGUUCUGUCGUAGGAAAAUAUAAACAUAUAGGUAUUGCAAAAGAAAUGCUAUAACGUUACAUUUAUAACAUCCAUGCGGUGUAAAUUUAGAGGAUUGUGCUUCUUUGUUAAGGGUGUUUUCUAGAUGCUCUUCAAUAAGUAUUUUAAAUUGUGUUUUCAAGUUGACACUGAAUUUAAGUUAUACCAUCUCUGGCAGUUCAUUUGGGAUAGACAUCACAACAGUCACAGCUAAGUUUUGCGUAUGGCUAGAAAAAUACUAGUCGGUUGUGUACAGAAAUGGAGAAAAGCUGCUGUUUGCCUUUGUUUUAAAUCUCACAGGACGUACUAUCAAAAGGACGUUAAUCUUCUAACGAAAUUCCUGUUGUUAUGUUCUUAUUGUUUAAGCAUGACUGCAGUGUCUGAUUGUGAACAACCAAGAAAGAGACCGAGGUUGGAAAUGAACACCAGCAACACUUUUACUACAAACACAACAACACCAGGAUCCCAGUUGCUGUCAAACACAGGGGUGGCACAGCAAGAGAGUGGCUUGGACAGCGUAGUAUCUUGCAUUCCUAAUUCAAGCAAAGAUAACAAAUUGAAAACUGCUGAUGGUUGUUGUGGCAGAAGGGAGGAACUGAAAAGGGACACCACAAUAAAUAUGACCUCUAACAAAGAAUUAGAAAUAGGUGAUUCUACAAAAAAAACUCUUAUGUUGGGUACUUCUUUUGGGAAGGAAAACAUUCAGCAGAGAGAUCCAAUCAGAGAAAGUAAUUUGGGCCUGUCUAAAAAUGAAGAUCUUGAAAUAAAAGGCAUAGACAAAUCAGUAGAGUUAGAGACUAUGGAUUUUUCAGCAAGCACCAAAGUGGAGGUGUCUGUUACAAACCCACAUGGAUUGGAUAGUUCAAACCGUAGAACAAAAGCUGACAAUCAGAUUAAUUUGACUUGUGAAAAAAGACCCAAGAAACCAUGCAACCUUGACACAUGGCUAGUCAAGCCAACAAAGGAGAUGGCUGGGGGUAACCUGAAUAUAGAUUCAGCUUCAGGUCAGGGAGGUCAAGCUGUUAGUAAGAGUCUCCAAAUAGAUGAGGAAGAUGUGGAAAUGAUGAGUCCGGAGAGCCUGCCUAGCCACCCUGUGCUGUGUGAAGAUAGCCUGAGUCAGGCUGAAAAACAAGGCAGCCAUCCUAGAGCUGAUGAAGAAUCCCCAGCUGUUGAACAUGAGAUCUCCAGCAAGCAGAUCUCUGAUCCCAAGCUUGUGGCCAGCACCAAAGCGGACGCUGUUGAAGAGUUCACUGUGACCAAAGAUUCCAUAUUGGCUGAGGGGAAAGGGGAAAGCAGAGAGGAUAGGAAGACAGCAGUGAACUCUAAUAAGCCUGAGAAGACAGGAAGUCCACCUGGUCUCUCCUCAACCUCAAAAUCUUCUGGAAAAAGGGCAUCAAAAAUUACUGAAUUUUUCCAACAAAAGCAAGCAGAAAACCCUCCGACCAGUGAGAAGGCCCAUUGUGAAUUUAAAGACAGAAAACCUAGCAGGACACCACCUAACAGAGGGCCGACUCCCGGUGCAAAAUGGCUGGGGACACCCAUUGAUGAACUGAGGAGGAUGCCAAUGUGUGGCACCCCACUACCACACUUGAAAGCAACACCGUGUCAUUUAGUGAUGAUAAGGACUGACCUUCUCCGAGAAGGAGAGGUCCCUGUUCCUUAUCCCACCAAGUACAAGGACAUGUGGAAUGAUGCCUAUGUGAAGAUGCCUUGUUCAGAUAGAAAUCUUUUCACAGUGGAAAAUGAACAGGAUGGACGUGCUGUAGAGCAAAGUCGAUGGGAGUUGAUUCAAAAGUCUCUGCAAAGCAGGUUCAACAGUUCCCUGGAUGUGACGGAUGCAAUAUUGAGAUACAAUGUCAGAUAUGCAAAGAAAUGGGAUUUCACUGCUCUUAAUUUGUUUUGCACAGAGGUUCUUGAUUGUGAUGAAGUUGAACAUCUGUUUGGAUCUAUUCUGCCUAAAAUGGUGCACUUGGCUCUCGGACUGCCAAAGCUGUGCACCCAGCCGAUACCGCUGCUUAAGAUGCAGAAGAAUUGCUCCAUCACAUUGUCACAAGAACAAAUAGCCUCCCUCCUGGCUAAUGCCUUCUUCUGCACAUUCCCCCACCGCAACUCCAGGAAAUCUGAGUAUUCAAAUUAUCCAGACAUCAAUUUCCACAGAUUAUUUGAAGGAUCAUCGCCAAGUAAGAUUGAAAAGCUCAAGACUCUUCUGUGCUAUUUUAGAAGAGUCACAGAAAAAAAACCUACAGGCCUGGUUACAUUUACAAGGCAAAGUCUGUCCUCCUUUCCAGAUUGGCAAAGCUCUAAAAAUCAACUUACCAGGCUUCACAUCACAUGUGAAGGUACUAUUGAGGAUCAGGGAUAUGGGAUGCUUCAAGUGGACUUUGCGAACCGAUUUGUUGGCGGUGGCGUCACAGGGUUGGGUCUGGUACAAGAAGAGAUCCGAUUCCUCAUUAACCCAGAACUCAUUGUCUCUCGGCUUUUCACCGAAGCACUGGAACAGAACGAAAGCCUAAUUAUCACAGGUGUUGAACGCUUUAGCAAUUACAGCGGCUAUGCAGGAUCCUAUAGAUGGUCUGGAAACCACCAUGAUGAUACAGCAAGGGAUGAGUGGCAGAGAAUAUGCACCGAGGUUGUUGCUAUAGAUGCAGUAAAAUAUAGACGCUUCCUUGAACAGUUUAUUCCAGAGAAAAUUAGGAGGGAACUCAAUAAGGCUUUCUGUGGAUUUGCACGCCCUGGUGUUGACAGCAGAAACCUAUCUGCUGUGGCUACUGGAAACUGGGGCUGCGGAGCCUUUGGAGGAGACACUCGGUUAAAAGCUCUGCUGCAGAUGAUGGCCGCUGCUGAGGCUGGACGAGAUGUGGCAUAUUUCACCUUCGGCGACAGGGAGCUCAUGAGGGACGUCCAUGAGAUGCACACGUUCCUGACUCAGAGACACAUAACUGUUGGCGAUAUAUACAUACUGCUAGAGCAAUACUACAGUAAUGUGUGCAGAAACUGUGUCACUGCUCGGCCUGGUCAGAAUCUGUACAGCUUCAUUUACGACAAAGAAUUCUACUCCACAGACAGUGAAGAGGACACUGCCAAACCAACUGGCUCCAAGGAUAAUUAAAGUCAUGACUUUCUAUUGUUAUCAACCCAGUUUAUAGAUAAAUAUAAUUUUGGUAUAAAUUAUUUUUAUUUUCCAUUUAUGUUUUGAUUCUUUAUGGUUUUGCAGAUUUAGGGAACAAUUUCUCCCAUGAGUUAAAGAUGCAAAAUCCCUUUCUUUAAAAAAAAUUAAAAAAAAAAUUAUAUAUAUAUAGAAAUACACACACACGUGUCUAAGAUGUUUAAAAAGAAAAGAAAAAUUAUAAAAAGAAAGUUGCAUCUAAGUGGCUAAAUCUUGUGUUUCUGUCCAGUAUAAAUUGUAUGUUAAGGAUUACAAUAUCAGAAUGCUUUGAAGGAAUUGUCAUCUUCUGAAAUAAACAAAGCUGACAUUUUAAUGAGGAAUGGUAAAUCCUAUAUGUAUCAUGUUUACUGUCACCCAGCAUUAUUGAACUUGUAUUAAAAGAAAUCUAGACAGUUCACUGCAUACUGAAGUGUUUCCAAGAUGCCAUUUCGAAGCUGCUGAUUAAAGGGCAAGAUCAGACUGAGAGCUUUUGUAGCCCAAGCAAAAAAGAUAGAGGCUUGGUUUUAUAAUGACUGCUGUAACAGUUGUGCCUAUACUUUUACAUACUGUAGUCUGCCUCAAUAAAAAAAAAGUGGUAAUUUUAAACGUAUUCCAGGUUUCUCAGCAUUGGAUAUAAACCUGUUAGAUGCAGUUCUGUCUUGGCUAAAUAGAGGAUAUACAGUAAUAACAAUUGUUCUGCUUGCUUUGGCUUUAAAGUAUGGAAAUUUGAAAUUCAGUCUGCCUUUGGUAUAUACAGUUGUAAUUCUGUAUUAUGCAAUCGGUGUAUUAUGACUUGUUUUAGAUAUAUUGCAUGUUGAAAAACACAGAUUUUACUGUGUAAAUUAAGAUUUAAUUUACAUUUUGGGGAAAAAGGGUUCUUGGUUUUAAGAGUUGCCUUAUGUGUAAUUUCAAUCUUUUAGCAAAGUUUAAUACAUGAUGAAAUCCUUACUAGUCCUUAUUUUAUUAUAGCGACUGCAUUCGUAUUUGUUUUUGUUUUUACUCUGUGCCAUAAUUUUAAUAAAAAUAGUCCCAGUAUAA